AUGGACCAGCUCAACGCCACCACCUCUCUCCCGUGGCGCCCUGACGCUGCCCCCCUGUCCCAGGUCUCCCUGCAGGUUCAGGAGGUGUACCCCUUCCACGACGGCUGGAACAUAGCGUGCUUCAUCAUCCUCCUCCUCUUCAUCCUCACAGUGGUCUCCCUGGCAGCCCUGGCCGUCCUCUACGAGCUGCUGGACUGUGGAUGCUGUGCCAAGGUUAGACGGUCGGCAGGUAGCUUUUAGUGGUUAAGAGUGUUGUGCCAGUAACCGAAAGGUCGCUGGUUCUAAUCCCCGAGCUGACUAGGUGAAAAAAUCUGUCGAUGUGCCCUUGAGCAAGGCACUUAACCCUAAUUGCUCCUGUAAGUCGCUCUGGAUAAGAGCGUCUGCUAAAUGACUAAAAAUUGUAAAAUGUAAAUGUAGACUAGGCUUGUUACUUUACUGUUCAUUCUGCUGUUCCAAGGUUAGAAAAGGCUUGUUACUUUACUGUUCAUUCUGCUGUUCCAAGGUUAGAAAAGGCUUGUUACUUUACUGUUCAUUCUGCUGUUCCAAGGUUAGAAAAGGCUUGUUACUUUACUGUUCAUUCUGCUGUUCCAAGGUUAGAAAAGGCUUGUUACUUUACUGUUCAUUCUGCUGUUCCAAGGUUAGAAAAGGCUUGUUACUUUACUUGUAUAAUUUGCUGAAGUAUAAAUCGUGCUGUGCCAAGGCAAGAGGAGCGCUGGAACAUAGACCACUCUGUCAUCUUCUGUAUCGGUUUUUUAAAAAGGCCAGCACUAAACUUGAAGCUGUCAAGUUGAUAUAACGGUUAUUAUUUUCUAGUCCAGAUUGUUUCUGUUUCACACAACCUUUCCAGCCCACGUCGUGACACUGUUCAUACGAAAGCAACAGGCUACAUGCUGUUCGCAUUGUAUAGCCUAGUUCUAGCCGAGACGCCAUGUUUUUCUAUUGUCUUCGCGCUGUAACAUUGGUCUGAACCUGUUGUUCUGCAACCAGGGGAAGACCCAUCACGUGUUUCAUACCUUGUGCCAGUGUUCAUAUGAAGGUGACAGGCCCUACAUGCUGUCAACAUCGUACAAUAACAGGUCUGAGUCUAAACUACGGUUAUGA